UUAUGGAUAAAAUAAAAUACUAACGUAAGAUCUCCAUUUUUGUACACACGUGCCAAAUGACCAAAAUACCCUUGCUUAAUAUAACUAAUCUGAUCACAAAAGUAGCAGAUUCCAGGAAUGUACCAGCACCAAAAUCGUCACAUUAAACACUUUCUUUUUUCUUGCCAUAUUAUUUUCAUAGUAAUAUUAAUGGUCACCCAUUAGGAUAUAUUCUUGGAAAAAGUCAGAAGUUUCCAGUGUUUUUUGUUUUGUUGGUGAAUGGAAGAUUUUUGGUGUUAACGCUUGAGCUAAUCCAACAGCCAAUUUAUUUGGAAAGUUUUGUGUUGUGUUGUGUUGUGGCUCCUACUGCUUAACAACCUCAACAAUUUGUGGAAGCAAAUCUAAACAAUUCAAACCACCAAAUAUUGGAUUUUUUUUUUUUGAUUCUUGAUUAAGGUUGAGUAUCUUGAAAAGGUGCCUGUGUUGUCUUCAAGUGAAGACCAGGUUGAUGCGUAUUAAACAGAUGUACUGGGAGUAAUGAUAUAUCCUGUGUUCUGUGUACUGGUUGUGUUUCUCUUAAACGGGUGCGAGCAAAUUUGUUGUAGUUGAUAAACCAAUAUGCCUAGUAAUUAUCUUUUUAGACUAGGUGGUGCAUUGAGGCUGGGAAUUCGGAAAUCCAUUUCUGUGCAAGAAAGGGGUCUACAGGAUCUGGUGGUGAUUUUUGCAGAAGAGCGGUUGUUGUUCGGGAAGUUCUUCAGUUCUGUGACAUCUGCAAGAUUGUCUGACCUGCAUGUAUUUGUAAGACCUGGAGCUUUAGCAGCUGCACGGGCAAAUUUGAAUAUUGUUAAUCAAAGAAAGAAUCUUUCUAUGGUCGGUGCUAUUCCUCGUGCAUUUUCCAUACCAUCUGUAUCGGGGCCUGCAUUUCAGGUUUGUGGCUAUCACAUCGAUUGCCUGUCAGCUGCGCCUACUCAAGUUUCUAUAGAGACGGACCGUCAUAAAGCACCUAUGGCCGUUUGUUGUUCAAGAACUUCUGUUGGCUGUUCCUCGAGUAAAAUGACUUCAGGGCAUCUCAGACCUUGCUUUACAGUAAAUAGUCCUAUUAAUUUCUAUAACAAUAGAAGUUUGGACAAUUGUCGAAAAGCCAGCAUGAGUUUGAAAAAUAACAAUCAGCCCAAUAACUUUUUUGUCUAUGGAUAUUUUGCAUACAAUGUUGCAAAAAACAAAGGCAAUUCAAAUCUUAAUGAAGGGUUUGGCUUCAAGUGUUUUCACAGUUCUUCAGCUGCAUGUAUCUCUGCUGGCGCUGCUCCUGAUGUUUCCUUUGAUAACUCUCUGCGUGAGGUCCACCUUGGAAGUUCAUCAAAUUCUUCUGAACAGAAUAUCCAUAUUGACAAAUGCCUGAAGCUUAAUUCAGGAUCAUGUUACCUGCCUCACCCUGAUAAAGAAGAAAAAGGUGGUGAGGAUGCACAUUUUAUUUGCAUUGAUGAACAAGCAAUUGGCAUAGCUGAUGGUGUUGGUGGAUGGGCUGAUGUUGGUGUUGAUGCUGGAGAAUACUCUCGAGAACUGAUGUCAAACUCAGUAAUGGCAAUUCGUGAGGAACCAAAAGGUUCAGUAGAUCCAGCCAGGGUCCUGGAGAAAGCUUAUACAUGCACAAGAGCCAAAGGGUCCUCAACUGCCUGCAUUAUUGCCCUUACCGAUGAGGGUCUCCAUGCCAUCAACAUAGGAGAUAGCGGAUUUAUGGUGGUUCGAGAUGGAUCUACUGUUUUCAGAUCCCCAGUGCAGCAGCAUGAUUUCAAUUUUACAUAUCAGCUGGAAAGUGGUAAUGCCGGUGAUUCACCAAGCUCUGGGGAGGUGUUUAAAAUACCUGUUGCUCCAGGAGAUGUCAUCGUUGCUGGAACUGAUGGUUUAUUUGACAAUUUGUACAACAAUGAUAUAAGUGCAAUAGUGGUGCAUGCAGCGAGAGCUGGUUUACCACCUCAGGUUGCAGCUCAGAAGAUAGCUGCAUUGGCUCGGCGAAGAGCACAGGAUAAAAACAGGCAAACCCCUUUCUCUUCUGCAGCCCAAGAAGCUGGUUUCCGUUACCAUGGUGGGAAGUUGGACGACGUAACUGUGGUUGUGUCUUACAUAACCAGUGAGAAAAAUGAAAACUCCCAACAGCUUGAAGCUUAGUUAAAGCGAUGACAGGUUUGUCUUUGUGAAAUGCAAAUUGCUUGGCUUGGCGGUCAGUUUUGAUGCUUCCUGUGACGGAUGAGUUCAGACCUAGCCAUUUAAGUGCUCUUCUACUUGUAUAUAUUUUGUCUUUCGGCAAUUUCUACAGCGUCACCCCAUACCCCAUUCCACAUCCUAUACAAAACCCUAUUAGCCCUCUCUGCCCCUCUUAAGGAGAGAAGAUAGGAGUGUUCAUGUAUGUUGAAUGAGGUGUACAAAGAAGAGUUCUUGUAAUGGUUCAUAAAAGUUUGGACUUUACUGGUAAUGUUUUGCUACAUUUUGGAAAUGCAAUUAAGGCAUAUCUUGCUUACGGCAUAAA